UGAAAAUGUCUCAACUAACCAAAACAGCCGAGUGUCUGCUCGUUAUAUUUUUGGUAGGAAUAGUGGCAGGAGAUAGACAACCAGGAUUCCAUAAAAAUACAGGAAUAUUUCCAAAGGACUUUCUCUUUGGAGUAGCAACAUCGGCAUAUCAAAUAGAAGGAGCAUGGAACGAAGAUGGAAAAGGUCCUAGUAUCUGGGAUAAUUUUACACACUCAGACCCGUCGGUGAUAAUAGAUGGCAGCAAUGCAGAUGUUGCUUGUGACUCCUAUCACAAAUAUAAAGAAGAUGUUGCUCUUGCUUAUAAUCUUGGCGUGAAGAUGUACAGAUUUUCUUUCUCUUGGUCAAGAAUUUUCCCAACUGGAUACAACACCACAAUUAACCACAAAGGAGUGCAAUACUAUAAAAAUCUCCUCAAAGAAAUUCUAAAAUAUGGCAUGAUUCCUAUGGGAACGAUCUACCACUGGGAUCUUCCACAAAACUUAAUGGAUGACGGUAUUCACUGGACCAACCCGGCAAUUAUAGACGUUAUGGUGGAUUUUUCCAGAUUUCUUUUUAAAACGUAUCCAGAAGUUGGAAUGUGGAUUACGCUUAACGAACCUCAUUGGCUCUGUCGACUGGGUUACAGUCUUGGUAAAGGCGCACCUGGUAUUACCAGCAAUGGUAAAGAUGAAUAUAAAUGUACUUAUCUAGCUGUUAAAACUCAUGCUGCAAUAUAUCGAAUGUACAAAAAAGAGUUUCCACAUUAUAAAGCAAAAAUGGCUCCCAGUGUAGACUGUUUAUGGAUUGAACCGUUAACUAACUCAACUGAAGAUCAGGCAGCUGCUGAAAGACAGCGGCAAUUUGAAUGUGGCUUAUACUUCAAUCCUAUCUACGUCGGAGAUUGGCCGAAAGUGGUAAAAGACAGAAUUCACUUAAGAAGUAUGGCAGCAAACUUAACAAAAUCUCGUCUUCCUUCGUUUACUCCUGAAGAAAUUAAGUUCAUAAGAGGCACUGCUGACUAUAUAGCACUAAAUCAUUAUUUUACAACUCUAGCUGCAGACAUGGUCGAAGCUCCUUUCCAUGAGACAAGUUACGAACAUGAUAAGGGGGUUAAUAUUUCGCUUGACCCCACUUGGAUUGUACAAGAUAAUGGCAGAAAUACAAUUGUUCCGUUUGGCGUCAGAAAAGUUUUAAAUUGGAUAAAGGACCACUAUGGAAACCAUGAAAUUAUAUUGACAGAAAUUGGAAUGACCGAAAAUGGUACGACUCUUGAAGAUGAUAUCAGAGCAGCAUUCUAUACGGAUUACUUCUGCAAUAUACUGUCAGCAAGAUACGAAGAUGGAGUCAAUGUAACAGGAAUCACAGCUUGGAGUCUGAUGGACAAUUUUGAAUGGAUGUCUGGAUACACGUCUCAUUUUGGAUUGUACUACGUCAAUUUCAAGGAUCCUAAUAGAACAAGAAUACCAAAGAAGUCCGUAAAAUUUUUUCAAAAAUUAACAAAAACGAGAAAAUUAAAAUGUGAUAAACCAAGUAGGAAAUGGCCACAUCCAGUACAAUUUAACAUGAAGGGUAAACCGAUUAAAUGGAAAAAACAUUAAGGCAGAUUACACAACAAAAUUCUACCACCAGAAAAAAUAA